AUGUCCACCCAUCAAUACUCUCUAGAUGGCGUUCAAUCGACAGACUCUGCUUUCAACUAUAACAGCGCGAGCCUCAAUCACCCAAGCACAGACCGUCAUCUCUUUUCCUAUUCACCACAUAGAAAGUAUUCCAAAAAUAACUCACCAGCUUCUGUGAGCCAGCGGUCUAAUCGCUCCCCUGUUCCGGACAGAAUUAGCGAACAUUUGUCAUGCAAUGAUUCACUCGAGACAUCCAGGAGUUCUAGUAUGCGUAGAAGAAGUACAAGCGUUCUUAGUGAGCGGAAGUCCCCACUUAUAGUUGACCGCUCAUUCAGGUCAGAACCUCGCGAUAGACGUAUUGAAUCGUCCCGGACUGAGACCGAGGGACAGCCUAGUCGACAUUCAACAUUGUUAGAGGAUGCACCGCUUGACAUUCGACAAGCUAUUGAACACUCGCUCGAGACUAUAAGAGAGAUGCGAUUAUCUCGUCCUCACCCUCGUUCUUUAGUCGAGGACAAUCAAAAGAUGUCCCUAACAUCUCGUCCCAGACGAGACAGCGCUUUAUCUAUGACUGACAGAGAACUAGCCAGGACAACUACCAUGGAGAAUUAUACAGGUCCAUCCGCAGAAGAAGACAUAUUUCAUUAUUCACCCUCCAAAAGACAGCAGACUGUGUCAUCUGGAUCGUGGCAAAAUUUGUCUGAAAAUGCAUUACAGCAAAGUUUAUUACAAACUAUCGAAGAAAGAUGUACUUCAAUGGAAACAGCGAUGAAUGAACGUGUGAGGCUACUUGAACAGCGAUAUCGAACCAUUAGACCAAUUAGUGAGACAAAGCACUCAAGGCCGGUAACUAAAGGUGUUCAAGUAGAGCUGCAGCCGGUAUUGACUAGCAGAGAGAUCGAAGAAAGAGAUGAGAGAGAUAUGAAGGCAGAUAUGCUCGAUACCCUAAUGGCCGAAUUGGAUAUUAAUGACCUUCGCACAUUUCAACAAUCCGUACAUGCUUGGAGAGCCCGAUCACGACUGUUGACAGAAGUGAGAUGUUUUGUAGACGGUGUGGAAAAGGUGAUCUGGAACACACCGUAUGUGCCUCUGUCAAGUAUUUGCCAUAUUGGACAUGAGGACAAUCGUCAAGUUGGCCUAGUAGAAGAUGAAAUGAUGUGUGAGUCACAUAGAGUACGUUACGAGAGAGCACUUUUAGAUGCUGAACGAGAUAAAGCCAAUGCACUUGAACGACCACCAUAUACUCGUGAACGCCUGGAUGCAACCUUUGAUAGACUUACACGUUGGUCACACUCUGUACGCCAUCCGCACUAG